AUGAGCAUGUGUCCUGGCUUAUACUUUGAUAUUGGCAAGAAAGCCAGAGAUGUUCUCUACAAAGAUUAUGCUCAACAGCCACCAACAUACUUCAAUUAUCAGUGCUUCAAGUGGAAUUUCGAUCUUUCCUGCCAAACUCAAGAAAUUUUUCCAGGACUAACAACAGUUUUCAGAUUUACAAUUCCUGAUUCAAGCAAGGUGGAAGUGAGAUUCACGCAAAACUAUUUUGGGAUUGCCUCAGGCGUUGGUGUGAAGGCAUAUCAACAAGGAUCCUUUAAAGGAAAUAGAUAUAACCCAAUUGUAAAUUUCUCGGGUGUGAUUGGAAGCACUCUUUUCUCCCUUGGGACUGACGUUACGUUUGACAUAUCAACAAAGACAUUUGACCAAUUCAGUGCCGCUUUAAGCUUCAACGGACCCCUCCUUAUUAAUACCUUGACGUUGGAUGAUAAACUUGAUACUUUAAAAGCUUCCUGUUACCGGGAAUUGAGCCCUCUCACCAGAACUGCCAUUGCAGCAGAAUUGAAGCAUAGUUUAUUGCUGAAUGGGUCAACAACAGUCACGGUUGGUGCGCAGCACGCAUUUUUGCCAUUUACAUUGAUAAAGGCUCGCGUCAACACUGAAGCCAAAAUAGAUACACUUAUUCGGUUAGAAUUAUGGGAAAAAGUCUAUGUAUCUAUCAAUGGAGAGGUUGAUUGCAGGGCCACAAACAAGAUUUCUAAGGUUGGACUUUCUUUGGCUCUCAGGGCCUAG